AUGGCGACUGCUAAUCUUUCAUUCUUCACGCUUCCCGCCGUGGUGCUCGGAACCUGUAUUGGUCCGCAUGGCUAUGCCAUCCUUCACGCUCGGAAUCACUACGACAAUGCCUAUCCUCGCAAAUUCAACGAUGCCAUAGCCGAGUCUGAGACUCUCGACAAAGAGGCCAAAGCUCGCAUCCUUCGCGCCCAAGCAGCAUCCGACAAUAGCUUCGAGACGCUCGGCUACUUUGCCGCCGCAGUCGUGGCCGGAAAUUAUGCGGGUUUGGAGAGCUCUUCCUUGAACUUUCUCAGCAUUGGCUAUCUAGUUACGCGCCUCGCUUACGUGGUGACGUACAUCAAGCUGCAGGAUAACCGCAUGUAUCACGUACUACGUAGUGUCUUUUGGGAGGCAGCCUUCUGCUUUUCGUCUGCGCUCUGGAUCAAGGCUGGUCUGAACAUGAUGAGAAAAUAG